GUGUGUGUGUGUGUGUGUGGGUGCGCGGCUAGGGGAUGAGCGGUGUGACGCGUCACGCGCACACGUUACAACCUGCACGAGGAUGUUGCAGACAGCGCGGGUGCGCGCGCGCAGUAAGGCACGCGCAGGUUAGCCAGUCUGGUGCUGGCGGCGGAAUGCAGCGCUCACAGGCAACGGACCGGUAGUCUGGGAGACGCGGAAACACGCGAGACAGCGGAGAAACGGGAGACAGCGGAGACAGAGGGCUAACGCACUGGUGUCAGAUAAGAGGAGAUACGGAGAGGCGACGACAGGAGCACGGACACAAGCUGCAGCUUGCACCCCAUCCUGCGGUAGCGGUCUCAUCGGCGACAUAAGGCUCUGCAGACAACAUUUCAGAAGGUGACCCUAACCUUGAAAGGUCAAAGGUCAUCAUGUUCUACGGGUCCUCGUCAGCCAGCAUGUCCCUUCCCUCAAAGAGUCGCAUCAAACGCCAGAGCAAGACCUUCACUCAGGUGCUGUACCGCACUCUGAGUUAUCGGGACCGGCGCUCCGUGACCGAGCUGGCUGCUGUCGCCCCCGACGACGACCCGGCGGAGCUGUCCGUGGCGACCUCGUCCCCGGGCGUCCUGAAGGUGUUCGGCGACGGCGUGUGUGUGGGGGCCAACUACAAGAGCGUUCUGGCCACGCCCACCUCGAGCGCGGAGGAGCUGGUCAAGGAGGCGCUGGAGCGCUACGGGCUGGACCGGGACCACUCCCCCGGCUACGUGCUCUGCGACGUGAUUGGCCGCUUCGACGACGGGCCGCCGGGAGAGCGCCGCUGGAGGAGGCGGGGCCUGCGGGCGCUAAGCAACAAUGAGAAGCCCCUCCUCCUGCAGGACCUGUGGAAGCCCAAGGAGGGACACGCCCGCCGCUUCGAGCUCCGCCUCCGCGCUGAGGUGGACGGGCUGAGCAGCAGAAACACAGACACAGUCACAGCAGAUAUAAACGCCCAGGCUCGUAAGGUGCAGCGGAAUCGUGCUAAAGGAACGAUGACCCUCUCCCGCUCCUCGCUCUGCCGGUCUCUCUCCGAGACCAGCCUCACGCUCGUGGGCGGGGCGGGGGAGGAGCCAAAGCGGUACUACUCCACCCUGCCUGGACCAAUCAGGGCGCGGUCGGCGCGAGACGGCGGCGCCCGUGACAUCAUGACAGGAGGCGGGCAGCGGAAGGAGGCGCGGGACGGAGGGGGCGGAGUCAGACACUCUCUCUACCAAUCGCCUCACCUCCUUCUGCUUCAGGGCUUCAACAGACAGGACUGUCUGGUGUAUCUGUUGAACAGAGAGCAGCACACGGUUGGCAUGGAGACGGCAUCAGCGAGACCCAGCAUCUGUCUCUCGUCUCCCGACAUCCUCCCUCUCCACUGCCUCAUCCGUCGCCACGCCAACCAGCGCCUGAUGGUGGAGCCCGUCGCCCAUGGCAACGUCCAGGUGAACUUCGCGCGGGCGGAGCGGCCCACGGCCCUUGGCCACGGCGACCUGCUCUCCUUCGGGGCGCACUACAUCUUCCUGUACAAGGACCCGCUGGGCGCGGGGCCUCUGCCCACACACACGUUGGCACGGUUACGGGUGCUUGGAGGAGGAGGGGUCACGACAGAGGAGGAGGAGGGGGGCGGAGUCUGCAGAAUGUGCGGCUCCUCCUUGAGGGAGCGUCCGCCGUCGUCCAAAAGAAGCAAAGCGAAAACACACACACACACACACACACACACGCCAGCUCAGACACACACGCCAGCUCACACACACACGCCAGCUCACACACACACACACACGCACACACACACGCCGCCACAGCCUCGGGCUCCUCAGCGCAGGCCGGUGCAGCUGGAGUUUGACUCCGCCCACGAGGACGCCCUCCUGCAGCGAAUCACGACGCUCGUGGAGCCCGGCGGGGACGAGCACAAGCUAAGCCCCGCCUUCCUGCUGUGCCUCUGCGUGCAGCACUCGGCCAAUCACAGCAGCCCUGGGAGCUACGCCACGCUGAUGCUGAAGAUCGCCCGCCGGAUCCAGACCAUCGCCUGGGAGAAGACGAAGGAACUUGCACAGAAACAAGCUCAGCAUCAGGAUCCAUCGUCUCUGUCUCUGAUGAGUAUCUCAGAUCUGAUCCCAGACCUGCAGCCCAUCUUCUUCUGGAUGUCCAACUCCAUCGAGCUGCUCUACUUCAUCCAGCAGAAAUCACCCAAAUACAGCCAGGGGAUUGAACAGCUGGAGACAGGCUCCAAGGACUCUCUGCUCUCAGCCUCCAUCUCAGUGAGUGAGGAAGCCAUGACUGUCCUGGAGGAGGUCAUAAUGUACACCUUCCAGCAGUGUGUGUACUACAUCACCAAGUCUCUCUACGUGGUGCUACCUGGUCUGCUGGACUGUAAUCCGUUUCUGGGUGAGAAGAGUGUGGGCGGGUCCGGGGGAGUGGUUCCGGAACAAGUGGGCGGAGUCGUCCAGGUGUUCCAGGCGACCCAGGAGCUGCUGAGCGACUUCCUGGUCCAUCCAGACAUCCAGAAACAGAUGUUCUCAUAUCUGUUCUUCUUCUGCAACGUGUCUCUCUUCAAUCAGCUCAUGGAGAAGGGUCCGUCCCGCGGCUGGUUCCAGCGUUCUCGUGUUCUGCAGAUCCAGGCCUGUGUGCAGGUGUUUCUAGACUGGGCCAAAGGGGAGGGGCUUCAGCCGCUGACUCACAAGUUCUUCAGGAAGUUCUCCAGCGUCCUCGCCAUACUGGCCACGCCUCCUCAACAUCUCACACAGAUGAGCUGGAGGACUCUCUCUCUGGAGCACGCCUGUCUGAAGCCCGUCCAGUUGCACAGGAUCCUACUUCACUACCAGCAGAAUGCUGACAUCACCGCUGUUCUGCACUGGACUCCAACGAAUGAAGACGAGACCUACGCCUGCAGAACAGUGGACCUGCUGGAGAGUUUUGAGAAUCAUCCUCCCAUCGUGUUGCCGAGCGCUGGGUUCCGUGUGGAUGUGGAGGGAGACGGCGUGGAGGAGAGUCUCUACAGACAGCUGCUCUAUGUCAAACACUUCCUGUGGGGACUCCGCCAGAGGGAGGUUCUUCCUGUCCAGUCCAGCCCACGACCAGCUGACCUCACCCAGCCCCGGGGGGAGGGGGAGGGGAGAGGAGGAGAAGGAGAGGAGAGGCUAAGAGGGAGAGGAGGAGGAGAGGAGGACGAGAGGGGAGGAGGAGAGGAGGAGGAGAGGCUGAGAGGGAGAGGAGGAGAGGAGGACGAGAGACACAGAAGGAGAGGAGGAGAGGGGGAGGAGGUCCAGAGGAAUGGUCUUGUGAUGAGGCAGGGAUCCCUGCUCUCAGACCCCUCCUGCCUCCUCACCCCCCCACACACACCCCUCUACCCCGACACACACACACCACCUCAGCUGGAGGAGCACACAAUAAACGGCCCUGCUGAAGGAAGUCAGAAAGCACCUCUAGCCUUCCACAGCACCAACGGAGGCGUCAGCAACGGCAUAGAAGGCUCCAUGAGUGGUUUCCCUUUCCCUGUUCCUGUUGUCCGUAGUAACGGCUCCGCCCUUGUGGGCGUGUCUUCCUCCCUUGUGGGCGUGUCUUCCGUGUUUGUAGUGGAGUUGGAGAAGGGACCCUACGGCCUCGGGAUGGGUCUCAUCGAUGGUCUGCACACAGAGUUAAAGGCUCCAGGGAUCUACGUGCGGACGCUGAUUCCAGACGGACCAGCAGCAUCAGACGGUCGCCUACGCAUCGGGGAUAGAAUCCUCGCCGUCAACGGAGCCAGCCUUAUAGGAGCAGACUACCAGAGUGCGGUGGAUCUCAUCCGGUUGGGGGGAGGACGGCUGCGAUUCCUUGUGGCUAAAUCAGAUGUGGAGAUUUCAGCCAAGAUCAGCGCAUCAUCCUGCUGAGAAGCACACACACACAUACUCACACACACACACACACACACACACACACACACACACACACACACACA